CUGCUGGCCCUGGAUACCAGAAGGGCCUCUGGGGAAGCCUGGUGAACUGGAGGGAGGCUCGGCUGGCUGCAAGUGUCUCUGAGCGUCACCCUUUCUAUGCCUAAACCACCUAGUCGUCAAACAACCAGAUGACGGCUGAAAAAUUCCUUUAAAAAGCCAGGGCCCAGUGUUCACCAUCAUACCAGGGGCCAGAGGCGAUGGCUUGCCUCCAUGAGACCCGAACACCCUCUCCUUCCUUUGGGGGCUUCGUGUCUACCCUAAGUGAGGCAUCCAUGCGCAAGCUGGACCCAGACACUUCUGACUGCACUCCCGAGAAGGACCUGACGCCUACCCAGUGUGUACUUCGAGAUGUGGUACCCCUUGGUGGGCAGGGUGGGGGAGGGCCCAGCCCCUCCCCAGGUGGAGAGCCGCCCCCUGAGCCUUUUGCCAACAGUGUCCUGCAGCUACAUGAGCAGGAUGCAGGGGGCCCAGGGGGAGCAGCUGGGUCACCUGAGAGUCGGGCAUCCAGAGUUCGAGCUGACGAGGUGCGACUGCAGUGCCAGAGUGGCAGUGGCUUCCUUGAGGGCCUCUUUGGCUGCCUGCGCCCUGUCUGGACCAUGAUUGGCAAAGCCUACUCCACUGAGCACAAGCAGCAGCAGGAAGACCUUUGGGAGGUCCCCUUUGAGGAAAUCCUGGACCUGCAGUGGGUGGGCUCAGGGGCCCAGGGUGCUGUCUUCCUGGGGCGCUUCCACGGGGAGGAGGUGGCUGUGAAGAAGGUGCGAGACCUCAAAGAAACCGACAUCAAGCACUUGCGAAAGCUGAAGCACCCCAACAUCAUCACCUUCAAGGGUGUGUGCACCCAGGCUCCCUGCUACUGCAUCCUCAUGGAGUUCUGCGCCCAGGGCCAGCUGUAUGAGGUACUGCGGGCUGGCCGCCCUGUCACCCCCUCCUUACUGGUUGACUGGUCCAUGGGCAUCGCCGGUGGCAUGAACUACCUGCACCUGCACAAGAUUAUCCACAGGGAUCUCAAGUCACCCAACAUGUUAAUCACCUACGACGAUGUGGUGAAGAUCUCAGAUUUUGGCACUUCCAAGGAGCUGAGUGACAAGAGCACCAAGAUGUCCUUUGCAGGGACAGUAGCCUGGAUGGCCCCUGAGGUGAUCCGCAAUGAGCCUGUGUCUGAGAAGGUCGACAUCUGGUCCUUUGGUGUGGUGCUGUGGGAACUGCUGACUGGUGAGAUCCCCUACAAAGACGUAGAUUCCUCAGCCAUUAUCUGGGGUGUGGGAAGCAACAGUCUCCAUCUGCCCGUGCCCUCCAGUUGCCCAGAUGGUUUCAAGAUCCUGCUUCGCCAGUGCUGGAAUAGCAAACCACGAAAUCGCCCAUCAUUCCGACAGAUCCUGCUGCAUCUGGACAUUGCCUCAGCUGAUGUACUCUCCACACCCCAGGAGACUUACUUUAAGUCCCAGGCAGAGUGGCGGGAAGAAGUAAAACUGCACUUUGAAAAGAUUAAGUCAGAAGGGACCUGUCUGCACCGCCUAGAAGAGGAACUGGUGAUGAGGAGGAGGGAGGAGCUCAGACACGCCCUGGACAUCAGGGAGCACUAUGAAAGGAAGCUGGAGAGAGCCAACAACCUGUAUAUGGAACUUAAUGCCCUCAUGUUGCAGCUGGAACUCAAGGAGAGGGAGCUGCUCAGGCGAGAGCAAGCUUUAGAGCGGAGGUGCCCAGGCCUGCUGAAGCCACACCCUUCCCGGGGCCUCCUGCACGGAAACACAAUGGAGAAGCUUAUCAAGAAGAGGAAUGUGCCACAGAAGCUGUCACCCCAUAGCAAAAGGCCAGAUAUCCUCAAGACGGAGUCUUUGCUCCCUAAACUAGAUGCAGCCCUAAGUGGGGUUGGGCUUCCUGGGUGUCCUAAGGGCCCCCCCUCACCAGGACGGAGUCGCCGUGGCAAGACCCGUCACCGCAAGGCCAGCGCCAAGGGGAGCUGUGGGGACCUGCCUGGGCUUCGUACAGCUGUGCCACCCCAUGAACCUGGAGGACCAGGAAGCCCAGGGGGCCUAGGAGGGGGACCCUCAGCCUGGGAGGCCUGCCCCCCCGCCCUCCGUGGGCUUCAUCAUGACCUCCUGCUCCGCAAAAUGUCUUCAUCAUCCCCAGACCUGCUGUCAGCAGCACUAGGGUCCCGGGGCCGGGGGGCCACAGGCGGAGCUGGGGAUCCUGGCUCACCACCUCCAGCCCGGGGUGACACCCCACCAAGUGAGGGCUCAGCCCCUGGCUCCACCAGCCCAGAUUCACCUGGGGGAGCCAAAGGGGAGCCACCUCCUCCAGUAGGGCCUGGUGAAGGUGUGGGGCUUCUGGGAACUGGAAGGGAAGGGACCUCAGGCCGGGGAGGAAGCCGGGCUGGGUCCCAGCACUUGACCCCAGCUGCACUGCUGUACAGGGCUGCCGUCACCCGAAGUCAGAAACGUGGCAUCUCAUCAGAAGAGGAGGAAGGAGAGGUAGACAGUGAAGUAGAGCUGACAUCAAGCCAGAGGUGGCCUCAGAGCCUGAACAUGCGCCAGUCACUAUCUACCUUCAGCUCAGAGAAUCCAUCAGAUGGAGAGGAAGGCACAGCUAGUGAACCUUCCCCCAGUGGCACACCUGAAGUUGGCAGCACCAACACUGAUGAGCGGCCAGAUGAGCGGUCUGAUGACAUGUGCUCCCAGGGCUCAGAAAUCCCACUGGACCCACCUCCUUCAGAGGUCAUCCCCGGCCCUGAAGCCAGCUCCCUGCCCAUUCCACACCAGGAACUUUUCAGAGAGCGGGGCCCUCCCAAUUCUGAGGACUCAGACUGUGACAGCACUGAAUUGGACAACUCCAACAGCGUUGAUGCCUUGCGGCCCCCAGCUUCCCUCCCUCCAUGAAAGUCACUCGUAUUCCUUGUACAUAGAGAAAUAUUUAUAUAAAUUAUAUAUAUAUACA